CAAUCACUUGUUUUCAUACCCAUAAAUCACUUGUCUUCUAAGCCAAAAAGAGAAAUGGAAACCACCGGAAAAGCUAAGAAGGGUGCCGGAGGAAGGAAGGGCGGUGGCCCAAGGAAGAAGUCUGUUACUCGAUCCGUCAAAGCUGGUCUCCAGUUUCCCGUUGGUAGAAUUGGGCGUUACCUUAAGGUCGGACGCUAUGCUAAACGUGUUGGAACCGGUGCUCCGGUCUACCUCGCCGCUGUUCUUGAAUACCUUGCCGCUGAAGUGUUGGAGUUGGCAGGAAACGCCGCGAGGGACAACAAGAAGACCAGAAUCAUCCCAAGACAUGUUCUUUUGGCCAUCAGGAACGAUGAUGAACUUGGAAAACUUUUGGGUGGAGUGACUAUUGCUCAUGGUGGUGUUCUUCCAAACAUCCACGCUGUUCUAUUGCCCAAGAAGUCUGCUACAACAGAGCCUAAAUCACCAUCGAAGGCUGCAAAGUCACCAAAGAAAGCAGCUAAAACUCCAAAGAAAGCUGAAUAGGCUAUGGUAGUUUGGUUGUUGUUCAUCUGUGUGUGUAUUUGUCGUUAAAUUACAUAUGGAGUUUAGUAUUCUAACCAUUCCGUUUGUUUAGACUAUCGAUCGUAUGUUACCACCUCUCUGUUUAUCAAUGGAAGAAACCACUUGUUUCUAUUCUCAA